AUGAAAGCUGUUUCCAAUGAACUAGUUAGGCUUAAUAGGACGGCUGCUGACUUUGAAAGUGUUGGGUUGGCCAUUAUAAGUUAUUAUCUGCGAUUGUAUGCUGUGGAAUUAAUAUUACAAGGGGAGGAAUCACGAUCUCCGGAAUUGACACAAUUGGCGACCACUCUACUGGAUAAGAUCGAAGACUUUAAGAAUGCUGUUAAACCUGAUGAAGGGGAGGACGGUCAUGUGAAGGAUUCCCCACAAGAAGCCAAUUAUACGUUGAUUCAUGACCAAAGUAAGGCAAAGAUGUAUGUUUUAAGUUUUACGAUGACACUUUAUAAUGAGAAACUGAUUCAAAUAAAGGAGGGUCGUUUUGAUGCUGAUUUAAAAAGGGCACUGUGGUGCUGCAUUGAUUUGUUUUCGUGUGUUUUGCAUUUAUGGAAUGAAGAUCUUAAGGAUGAAGUGAGGGAUUCAUUGAAGAAAAGAGUCAAGUUAUGUAAAGUUUACUUGAGUAAAUUGGCACGCGGUGAAUUGGGUGCUGCAGGGGACGAUCAAGAUAAAGAAGAGAGUGGUACUAAAGAAUUAGAUUAUUCUGAUUUUAUAUCACCGGAUAAUGUGGAUGAUUUAGCUCCAGAGUUGAAAGAGGGGGCAGAGGACAAAGAUGAGAAGGUCGAAGCUAAGGUAAGGCAGGAUACUACCAAGGAAGAAAUAGACGCACUUUUAGAUGAUAUGAGAGCUGAAAGUGAGUCUAAGGAAGAUGAGGAAGAAAAUGUCGAUAGAAAUGAUGAUGAUGAAGAUGUUCCACUCUCGUUACCAGAAGCUCCAUCAUUUAUUCCGAAGAAAGAGCAAGAAGCUAAGACCAUUGAUGAUGUAGAUACAACUUCAAACGGUGCCAAGGGAGACGAGGAUGAAGCACCAUCGUUCAUUGAUUCAGAAACGGAGGAGCCAUUCCAAGAUACCACAGAAGAACCCGAUGAUCUUUCAUCAAUUGAGAAAAGAAUAGAAGAUGAAGCUGCUGCCAAAGAAGCCGCCAAAAUAGCAGCGGAACAGGCAGCAAAGGAAGCACAACUAGCCAAAGAAAUAGCUGCCAAAGAGGCACAAUUGGCCAAAGAUGUAGCUGCGAAAGAAUCGUUGAAAGUACAGGAGGCAGCUGUCAAAAAAGCACAAGAGAUUAAGGUGGCAGAAGAAGAGGAACAAAAAAAUAAAAUAUAUUCCCAGUUAGAAUUACAAAAAAUGAUGGAUCGUGGUAGUAAGAUCGAAACCAUUCAAAAGAUGGCUAAAUAUGCCAUUAGUGCAUUAAAUUAUGAAGAUAUUCCUACUGCAAGGGAUGAAUUAUCUAACGCAUUAGAGUUAUUAAACACCUUAUAA